AUGUCGUCCCCUCCCCACGAACCGCCCGCGGCACAGUCGGAACUAUCCGAGCUCACACCGCCGGCCAAUGAAGAGGUUUUUGUUAACACGCCCGGUGUAAUUACAGUUGAUGAUUUUAGCUCCGAUAGCAACGGUGAAUUCGACGAUGACCUGUCCGAUCUUACAUCUCUUUCGUCAAGCGUACUCCAGUUCGAGUAUGAAAAUGGUCGCCGGUACUGCAGUAACCGAUCAGGAAGUUAUAUGAUGCCAAAUGACGAAGAAGAGCAGGAUCGAAUGGAUCUGACACACCAUAUAUGGCUGAUGCUACUACGAGGCGAGCUCUAUAAUGCCCCUAUCAAAUCGUCACCACAGAACAUUCUUGACCUCGGAACCGGAACAGGAAUUUGGGCCAUGGACAUUGCUGAGAAAUUCCCUAGCGCUCACAUUAUAGGAAACGACAUCAGUCCCAUCCAGCCUAGUUGGGUGGCACCGAAUAUCGAAUUCAUCGUGGAGGAUUUUGAAAGCGAAUGGCAGUAUGAAAAAAACUAUUUUGAUUUCAUCCAUGCAAGAUGUCUAGCGGGAUGCGUAGCCAACUGGCCUGAGUUUAUCCGCCGGAUCUAUGAUCACGUCAAACCUGGUGGCUACUUUGAGUCGCACGAGAGUGCUGUAUGGGCCAGAAGCGACGAUGGCUCCCUCAAGCAAGAUUGCGCGAUCAUGGAAUGGCAGCAGGCUGUCAAUUAUGCAAGCGAUAAGAUCGGUCGGGAGCUAAAUAUCUAUCAUAAGCUGAAAGACUGGAUGGUUGCAGCCGGCUUUGAGGAUGUCAAGUUAUCAGUCUACGUGCUGCCAUUCUCGCCCUGGCCAAAGGAUCCUUAUCUCAAGGCCCUAGGCAAGUACCAGGCAGUGCAGUUACAGCAAGCGAUUGAUUCAUAUUCCCUACGACUAUACACGCAGGUGCUUGGCUGGGGCGAAGAUGCGGCGAAGAUUCAUAACGCUGUGGUUAAGCAGGAACUGCGGAAUAAGAGAUUACAUGCAUAUGUUCAAACGUAUGCCUUCCCUACUCUUUUCGAUAACCUGAACACUUUUGCUAACUAG